AAUUUUGAGAAAAAAAACAAUAUUUUGGACUUUUUGCUAUUAACCCCCCUGGCGGUAUUCCCGAGUGUAGCUCGGGGUAAAGUUUCAGUACCACAAGCGGUAACCCCGAGCUACACUCGGGAAUACCCUGCAGCGUUGCUCCGGGAUCUGUUCUUCACUUACCUUGUCCUGUGCUCUUGCGAUGUCCCUCCUGCAGCGUCCCCGGCAAUGUCCUCUGGCCGAUGCCGCCAUCCGUCUUCCGGGUUCCAUUCCCUCCGAGCGUCGGGACGUACGGGGGACAGAACUGGCGGGAAUAAUAAAAAUGUAAAAAUUUUAUAUUUUCCAUACACUAAAAUCACAUAGUAUAACAUUCCUGUAUCAAACCAUUUCACAUACAUUUUGUCCCGAGUGCUUUGUCUGGCACCCUGCCUGCAUUUUUACUGUUCUUUCUGCCUGGAAACUGAGAAACGUCCAUGGCGUCCAAAAAGCGUCCCUUUAGGUCAAAAGCGGUUUUAGACCGGCUAGAGAACAGCGAUAGUAAAUUAGAACCACUUGCAGAAUUGAGUGAUAAUGAUUCGUGGGGGAAAUUCCUCAUCAGACACUGA